AUGUUAGAAGAAAUAAGAGUACAAGUGAUGAGAUUGAUAGGGAAAAAUGAAAAAAAGUUGAGGACUUGGGUUACUGAUUUGAAUCCAGAAUGCAUGAAGUUGUACAUUGACUACAGGGCCAUAGCACAUGGUUGUAAGGUGGAAUUCAAUAGAGAUUGGGGAUAUGAAGUGUCUGAUGGAGAAGAUAUAUACACUGUCAAUCCAGAGCAAAAAAAAUGCACUUGCAAAAUUUGGGAUUUAUCAGGUAUUCCAUGCCGUCAUGCCAUCAAAGCAUUGACACAAAAAAAAGUAGAUUCAAUAACUGAAAUGCAUUGGUGGUAUAGCAAGGAGGCUUACAUGCUAACAUAUAAAUACAAGAUGCAGCCUGUAAGAGGUCAGAAGUUCUGGAAGGUUGAUCCUUCAAGUGCAAUGUUGCCUCCUGAUGUUGUGAAACAAUUGGGUAGACCUAAAAUGAAUAGGAAUAGAGAACCAGAUGAAGCAAGAAAAAGAAAAGGUGAAUGGUCUCAGUCUAGAAAAGGCACUCAAAUGACAUGUAGCAACUGUGGUGAAUCAAACCAUAAUGUGAGGUCCUGUUACAAGGAAAAGUGUACUGAAAAUAAUGCACAUUCAAAGAAUGGUAAAAGGCCAAUGUCUAACGAUAAACAUGGUACUGAUGUUGAGGCUGAAACUGAGGCUGCAACUCAAGAGUUCGAACCAUAUGAUCCGGAUGUUGAAGAUGAUGAAGACCCACCUCUAAGACCAAUGGUGAUUUGUGAAUUAGAGUUAAGGGCUGAGAGGUUGAAGACAAGAGUUGUUCCAACUGGUGCUAGAAAAAUUUAG